CAAAAAAAAAAAAAACCAGAAAGCCUCUCGAUUUUUCUCCCUUCUCCCUUUCGCAGAUCUGCGACGGCCACCAUCACCCCUGUUCCUUCACCUCCGACCUUCACCAUCCUCUUGCUAGCUAAUCGUCAUGCUCAUCUCACCAAUCACCAAGAAGAGAAGACGAUAUAUAUCUAGCCGGAAGCCCCUUGGGACUCUGACCUUGACAUCUUCUUGCGUCUCAUCAUCAUCACUGCCUCCACCUUCAUCACCGGUAAGCAGAGGGGUUCGGCAGCCACCAGAAAGGGAGGAUCUCUCUUCUUCAAAAAAAUCUGAAGUGGUUGUCAACACCGCCGGUACGCCGGAAUACUGAGAUUUGACCGAAAUGAGCGAAAUUUGACCGAAACGAAAUUAAGCUUUAUACCGUUUCGGUGCAAUGAAAAAUCCGGUACGUACCGGCCAUACCGGCCCCUACUUCAUUCACCAAAGCAUCUUCAAUCUCCCCUACUUUACUUUUUCUUCUCUUUAGAAUCAGAAUUGAAAAUUCCCACAAUUUUACCACCAUGCCUCAUCCAAUCAUGCUCUUUAAGAAAACUUUGAAGCUUACUGACAUCACCAGAAGGCUGGCUAUCCCAACAAAGAGUCUCGAAUUCUUUCCAGAUUUCAAUGGAGGCCACUUUUUAUGCUUGAACGUUUUGUACGAGGGAAGGGUUUGGCCGAUGGUAUGCAGCACUAGGAAACAGGGGUUAAAAAAACCUGUUCUCUCUAAGGGUUGGAUUCCCUUUCUUCGCGGGAACCACUUGAAUGUCGGUGAUGUAGUGGCCCUCUACAAGGAGGAAGAUGAAGCAGGAUUGCAAUACCGGAUGGAGGUGGACAGAGCAACUCGUAUCCCUAACCCUAAGUCAAACGAAGUAGGUGCGGAAGGCCCAUCAGUAUCACACCGCGCAAUACCAAAACAAGAGUGGAAGGGGAAUUAUUCAAGCAAGAGCGCAAUUUCUUACAUACAGUCAACAUGGGACGCCACAGAUAAUACAUUUUCUCCGCUACCUGCACAAUUCAUGCCAGAGUCUUUUUCCUCCCACUUGCUGCCAACCCUCCCUUCAAAAUUAUACCAUGUCGACCCGUCUCUCCUCCAAGAAUUAGAUUUGUCCAAUACUAAUAUCAAGACUUUACCAGAAUCUCUUCCCAAUUUGGUUGCACUUCAGAAACUCAUUCUGAAAUGCUGUGAUCUUUUCAUGGAAUUAUCCCCUCAAGUUGGAGAACUACCAAAUCUCGAGGAGCUUGAUCUCAAUGACACUGAAAUUCUGGGUCUGCCACAAGAGAUAAGGAAGUUGUCCAAAUUAAAAUAUUUGAGAGUAGCAUUUUAUGGAUAUAUGAACUGCGGAAAGAGAUUGAGGCAAAAUGCCCUAAUUCAACCAGGAACAAUAUCAGCUCUCUCUAGGUUAACUGAAUUAAGCAUUGAUGUCAAUUCUGAUGAUGAGCGUUGGAAUGCAGUUGUGGAAGCUGUUAUAGAGGAAGCCUGCAGCUUGGAAACAUUGAAGUGUCUAAUCUUGUACCUGCCUAACAUUGAGAGUUUGGGAAAACACAGAAUGGGCAGCACAUCACUGGGUUAUUAUCCCUUGCAGGAAUUCAGGUUUACUAUCGGCCAGCAUAAACAGCGCACCAUCUCUCGAGUACCAAAACAAGUUGAAACUCACUUUCAAAAGUGGAAGAGAUGCUUGAAGUUUGUUAAAGGCAAGGAAAUCCCAAGUGAGAUGAAAAAGGUACUUAAAUGCACAAAAGCAUUCUACUUGGACCGUCAUGACACUGCUACAAGUUUGUGUGAUUUUGGGACUGAGAAUAUGCAGGAGCUAGAAUUCUGCUUAUUGGUAGAAUGUAAUGAAAUCCAAACCAUCAUAAGUGGUGUAGAGCCUCUCGAAGAACAAGCUGACGUGUUAGUAAAAGAUCCAAACAAUUCUGAAUCUGGAGGAGGGUUACUUUCUGCUCAAGAACCUGCACUUGUGAAUCUACAAUACUUGCAUAUCUUUUACUUGAAGAAUUUAGUGAGCAUUUGGAGAACCCCUACCAAUGAUAAGCAGUGUUUAACUGGCUUGAAGUUCCUAGCACUUCAUAUGUGCCCCAAAUUGAGUGUAAUUUUCUCUCCAGCUAUGCUGGCUAAUCUUGGCAAGUUGGAAGUGCUUAUUGUUAAAGAUUGCCCUGAAGUGACCAGUAUAGUGAGCCUAACAAGCAAUGAACCCUUUGACACGUCAUUUUGUCUUCCCAACUUGAAUAGGAUAUUGCUCCUUCACCUACCAAAAUUGAUCAGCAUUUCUGGCGGAAUUUUUAUUACAGGAAACCUAAAACAAAUAGGCUUUUACAAUUGCCCAAAGCUUGAGAGUCUUUCUAUUAAAGAAAUGUCAAGUCCAUUGUUGGAAGUGAUUAGAGGAGAAAGAGAGUGGUGGGAGGCUUUGAAGUGGGAGAAAUUGGAGUGGGAGAAAUUGGAGUGGGAGAAAUUGGAGUGGGAGACUUCACUUGAUUAUAUCCGAAGCAUUUUCUCCCCUAUUACAAUGGAAAAAGAUGUGAUGACACAAAUGGAAGAGAUUAGUAGAAUUCCCUCAAGCCAUCAAACAAGAAUGAUAGAUCCUCUUUACUGUUGGAUGGAAUCAGCUGGAAAAAGCCCAUUGGAUUCAUCUUUGGAUGCAUCAGUGAUGACAUCCUUAUGGACAGACGAGUCUUCUGUUUCUGUUGGCAGUGCCAGUGAAAUAGCAGACAUUGGGUUGGACAAGAUGAGCCUGGGGUGUGAGGACGAUGGGAUGAGCCUGGGGUGUGAGGACAAUGGGAUGAGCCUGGGGUGUGAGGACAAUGGGUUGAACAAGAUGAGCCUGGGGUGUUUCUCACUUUCAGACAAUUAGCAGAUGGCAGUGGCACCAGGGAGCUGAUUAGAGUUGAAAUCUGCUGUAAAAGAUUUGGGGUGGCGCAGACAGAGCAGUGAUGGAAAGAAAACAGAGAGCAUGUGUAAAAUACCGUAUCAGAGUCUCAAAAGGCAGAAAUUAGCAGCAGUCAUCUAAAUGCAUUUAGGGUGCAGUUGGAUGUUCCAUCAGAAUGCACACAUUUAACUUUGUUCCUAAACAUGUAUGCUAAGAAUCCAUCCGCUAGAGUGCUGAGAUAUAAGCCUAGGGAUUUUACACAAAAUAUGCUUUCUGAAAAGUGGUAUCCAAAAUUGCAUUCUUUGAAAUUUAUGUGAUAUACCCCAACUACUCAAGUUUGGGACAUACUUCUAAUUGAUGUAUCUUAUAUUAUCGUUAUUUUUGUUGUUACUUUCCCCGUGAUGGUUACAAUUC